AGAAAAUUAGAAAGGCUCUGACGAGAAUCUACGAAACCAUCUCUCUCUCUCUCUCUCUCUCUCUCUCUCUCUCUCUCUGCGUGGAAGAAACCGGCUGCUUCGUCUCCGAGUUUUCUGAAGCUCGAAGUUUCGCCAUAGCUCUUUCCUGAUGCGUCGUUCUGCAACCAAAAAAUCGAGUCAACCUGCUUCCGUCAAUUCGAUCACUUCCUCAGCCACGGAUCUUUUUCGCUCCGCUUCGAGUAAGGCCUCAUCCAAGGAGAUGGAACGAAUAGAUAACUUGUUUUACCAAUAUGCCAAUAGAUCUUCCAUUACGAUUGAUCCAGAAGGAAUCGAAGAACUAUGCUCUGAUUUGGAAGUGUUGCAUACCGACAUCAGGAUCUUGAUGCUUGCUUGGAAAAUGAAAGGGGAGAAACAAGGGUACUUUACACUGGAGGAGUGGAGAAGAGGCCUGAAAGCAUUGAGGGCUGAUACAGUCAGUAAACUGAAGAAAGCCCUUCCAGAGCUCGAGAAAGAGGUAAAGAGGCCAUCAAAUUUUGCAGAUUUCUAUGCAUACGCCUUCCGGUAUUGCUUGACAGAGGAAAAACAAAAGAGCAUAGACAUAGAGACUAUCUGCCAACUCCUGGAUAUUGUAUUGGGUUCCACAUUCCGUGCCCAAGUUGACUACUUUAUCGAGUAUCUCAAGAUCCAGAGUGAUUACAAAGUCGUGAACAUGGACCAGUGGAUGGGCUUUUACCGGUUCUGCAAUGAGAUAAGUUUCCCGGACAUGACAAACUACGAUCCCGAGCUUGCAUGGCCAUUGAUUCUCGACAACUUUGUCGAAUGGAUUGGAGAAAAACAAGCCUGAAAGUUACCAUCUUCGUCAGGCUGCUCAAAGCUUCCGUUUUUUCACUUGGGAUCUUUCAGGGUCAAUGGACAGGUUAAAAUCUCUUGGGAGCUGGUUUCCAAUACAUUUUUUCUUUUGUUUUCAACCAUAAAAUUUUUCACAAUUUAUGGAAAACAUGAGGAAGAUGAUAUAGAACGUCGUAUAUGAUUCUUGUAACAUGCUUGAGAUAUUUCAUCUUUGAGUUACAAAUUCUAAUUGUACAUUCGAAUUA